AAGUGACAGAGGAUUCCCUAGGGCAAACAGGUCCUUGGUUCUUUUCCUCCUGACUUCAGUUCACUGAGUGUAGCAUACAGGAAAACUUUCUUUAUUCUCAGGUCUUGUAUCUUGGCACAGAGCCCUUCCUCACCUUCAGCAUAGACAGCUCUCAUCUGCAGGGCUUCUGUGUCUGUUCAACUCGCUAGAUCGGGGUGGAGGGAGCUCAGCUGACUACUCUGUCAGGACAGCUUGCUCAGACAGCAAGUUUGUUGCUCCCCCACCAGCACCCCCCUUUCCUAUAGGCGCCACAUGCCACAAUUUAUACACAGGCAUGAUUUGGCUGAUUGUUGCGGCCCAGGCCUGGAAUAAUUUUAAUUAACGGGAAAAUGGUCCUCAAUACACCGAUUAGACCUCUUCAGGUACAACAAGAUAAAAGCCUGAUAAUUUGGAUGGAGUACUCUUCUUAAACGUCUACUGUAGGCAGGGCAGCCAAUGGGAAAGCCAGGCUGACUCCCACCUGAUCCAGUGAGUAAUUAAGAGAGCGCUUUUCCUUCUCCACCUCUCCCCCUUCGCCUCCCUGCUCCCCAACUGAAGCUUAACAGGUUGGUGGUGUAAUUUGGGGACUUUCAGGGGUGUCACACUGGAAGCUUGAGCAAGAGCCAAGGCACCUUCUACUCCCAGACACUGACCAGCUGGGGUUGAAACGCUGGCAAGAGAGGAAGGAGGGCGCUGGAGUGAAGUUUGAGAGGGUCUCCAGCCAUGAGCAAACUGGCCACACAGAAGGCUGGCGAAGGCACUGUGUCUCGCCUGCUUAAUGUGGUGGAAAGUGAGCUUCAGGCAGGGAGGGAGAAGGGAGAUCCUACAGAGAAGCAACUUCAGAUCAUCCUCGAGGAUGCUCCCCUCUGGCAGAGAUUCAAGGAAGUCACGAAUGAGAUGAUCGUGACCAAGAACGGCAGACGGAUGUUCCCUGUCCUGAAGAUUAGUGUCACAGGCCUGGACCCCAAUGCCAUGUACUCCCUCCUGCUGGACUUCAUCCCAACCGAUAGUCACCGCUGGAAAUACGUCAAUGGCGAAUGGGUGCCCGCAGGCAAGCCCGAGGUCUCUAGCCACAGCUGUGUCUACAUUCACCCCGACUCCCCCAACUUUGGGGCUCACUGGAUGAAAGCUCCUAUCUCCUUCAGCAAAGUGAAGUUGACCAACAAGCUCAAUGGAGGUGGGCAGAUCAUGCUGAAUUCUCUGCAUAAAUACGAACCUCAGGUUCACAUAGUGCGAGUUGGAGGCGCCCAUCGAAUGGUCAUGAACUGCUCAUUCCCGGAAACUCAGUUCAUCGCUGUGACUGCCUACCAGAAUGAGGAGAUAACAGCUCUCAAAAUCAAGUACAACCCUUUCGCCAAGGCCUUCUUGGAUGCCAAGGAAAGAAACCACCUCAAGGACAUUCCAGAGGCCGUGUCUGAGAGCCAGCAUGUGACCUACUCUCACUUGGGAGGCUGGAUCUUUUCUAAUCCGGACGGCGUGUGCACAGCAGGAAACACCAGUUACCAGUAUGCUGCGCCUUUGCCUCUGCCUGCCCCCCACACACACCAUGGCUGUGAGCACUACGCUGGCCUCCGGGGACACCGGCAGGCUCCCUACCCGGCUGCCUACAUGCAUAGAAACCAUUCUCCCUCAGUGAACUUGAUAGAAAGCUCUAGCAACAAUCUGCAAGUUUUCUCGGGACCUGACAGCUGGACCUCCUUAUCCUCCACACCCCACACCAGCAUCCUGUCUGUUCCCCACACCAAUGGGCCAAUCAACCCAGGGCCCAGCCCCUAUCCGUGCCUGUGGACCAUCAGCAAUGGAGGUGGGGGCCCCGUGGCCUCGGGCUCAGAGGUGCACGCCAGCACCUCAGGAACGUUUCUCCUGGGGAACUCUGCCGUCACUUCACCUUCGUCUCUGCUCCCUACCCAAGCAACCACUUCAGCUGGGGUGGAGGUCUUGGGUGAGCCUUCACUGACCAGCAUUGCUGUGUCCACCUGGACAGCCGUGGCCUCGCAUCCCCUCCCAGGCUGGGGUGGACCGGGUGGACCGGGGCGCCAUUCCCCCUCUCCACUGGAUAGUUAGGCGGGAUCCUUGGAGCCGCUGCCAGCAGAGAACGGUCUGUGUGUAUGUGCACGGUGACCUCCUUGCUGACUCCAGGGAGUUGAGCAGCAGGGUCUCUUCACCCAGAGGCCUGGAGGGGUGGGGUGCACGGGGAUGCCCAAGGCCUCCCGAAAGUCUGGGUGAUGCUGACGCUACUACUUGUGUCUCCCACCAUUUCCUGUGGUUCUCCUGCUCUCUCUGAGUUCACUCAUCUUCACCAUGCUUAGGUUCUAACAUCAUCUUUGUCUAAGUACCCUCCUUGUGCCCUGCCCCUUACUCUCAAGCGGUUCUGGGAAGCCUCGCUCCCUUUUUUUUUCUGGAGUCGGUGCAUGGUGUUGAGGAGAGCUCAAAUUCUGCCCGUUGAGGCUGCUGCUUCUUCGCUUUGCGCAGCCUUGGAAAGAAGGUGUGGCCCUAAGACCCGAGCUGGCUUCUGCGUUGAGACCUUGAGAAGCCGAGAGCCCCGGAAAGUUAGUAAGCUAGUGCUAAAGCCAGUCCUCGUGCUGUUCUCAGAAGUGUUCGGAAUUCAGGGACGGCAGUUGAGCUCUCACUGGCUUAUAACCAGUGGCUCCUGUUGUCUGCAGAAUGAAGUUCGACGACCCCAUAUUUUAAAGACAGCCUCUACCAUUCAGCGUUCCUCUGCGCUUCUGGCUUUCAUUCCGGGUAACCUUUUAGCAUCCUCCACUCAAGGCAGACAGCUUUCCUUGCUCUGAGUACUUGCUUCCUGCGCUGGAAGCGUCCUCUCUCCCAUCCCACCUGGGUGAAUUGUACCAGCUUGGCCAGGACUGGUUGAAAGGCCACUCCGCUGUCAAUCACCUGAGGUGAUGCUUGUUUGACUAUCUCUGUCCCCUGCUUUCCCGCCAUUUUUACCUCAGGCAUAGAGUGCACCUCAUUCUGCCUUAUAUUUCUGCAAGUGUAUCUGUCUCCCUCAUAGACUGUAAGCCUCUUGAGGGUGAGAGCUAGCCCUCCUCAUCGUGCCCAUCGCCCCUGGUACUGUGCCUUGACUACCGUAGGUGCCCAAUAAACAUUUGCUGAGUUGA